CUCACACACACCCUGCUGGCUCUGAACAGAGAAGUUAGGGAGGCACAGUGUGGAGAGCAGACAGAAAACAGACGGAGAGACCACUGACUGUCCAAUACAAGAAGAUGGCCGUGUCUAUCUCCAGGGAUUUAAGUGUCCAGGUGCUGGACGAUCCGAACAAAGUGAAACUGACUGACAAACAACAGCAGCUGCACGCCGCCAUACAGAAGGGCGAGCCCAAAUGUCUGGGGUUGAGCCAAGUGAUGCUGGGGCUGAUGGUCAUAACCUACUCACUGCCUCUACACUUCACUGUACACACUCCUGUUGUCAGCUUCGGCGUUCCCUGGUGGACCGGAUUAACAUUCAUUGCAGCAGGAUUGAUUGCAGUGACGUUGGAUAAACACUUCUCAAUGAAGAUCGUGCAGGCGUGUUUGGUAACGAGCGUGGCAGCUAUGGUGCUGUCAGCGGUGGCUGUGAUCAUCUACUCUCUGGAUUUAUACCAACAUCAGCUGCCGCUCUGUAAGGUGACAGAGCCCUUCUCAUAUUACUCAGACGGGGCCAGCUGUUCGGACGAAAUCAACACCACGAAAUUCUCCAAGGGAUUAAAGUCGUCUCUGCUUUUCUUCACGUUGGCGCAGGCAGCCAUCUCUGCCGUGUUCUGCUGGCUUCUCUACAGGCAGAGAAACAUCUUUGCACAAUAUGCAACCAUCGAUUCACCUUCUUCCAGCCACAAUGAAAUAAAAUAAUGGACGGAAAGUGAAGCUGAUACGAUUGUCCAAAUGUAAAUGUUCUUGCGUUUUCUUGUGCCCAUAAAUGACUUUACAAGUUUUCUUGAUCGCUUUGAUCUGCUUAAGGAAACUGAAAUCCUCUCAGGUUUCAGUGUCUCUUUUUUUUCCUCACCGAUGCCACAAACUAAACUGUUUUAGCGAUAUAUCAACCAAAAGAAAUCAUCUGUUUCUGUUAGAAAUUACCAAGAGAAGCAUGAGAAUCAACAAUCGGUAUUUCUUUUACUGUAAUAAAUUUGUUACUUUCUUAAUUUUUUAUUCUCUGGUUUUAUUUUGGUUUACUUUUACAGUAUUCUCUGUAUUUCAGUUUUCAGUCACAGUUUGAAAAAAUGUCAUGGAGUCAAUAAAAUUGGAAUCAAAGCA